AUGAAUUCAAGACUUGUUGCAAUUAUUAUUUCGGCCGUAUUAUUAAAUUUUAUAGUUAGCGUUUAUGGUGUAGAUGAAAGAACUGGUAAUAAUGUAUGUUCGCUAUCGUUUCAAGAAUCAGGCAGAACUCUAGGAAAUGGCACACAGGAUAAAAAUGGUGUAUGUCAAGAAACCUUUAUGGGUGAAAUACCAGAUUUUAAUCACAUGGUGACAACUAUAAUUGUUUUUCCAAAAAAUAACGAUGUUAUUGAAGCAAAUAGAAAUUUCACCUUCAAACAACUAAUUAAAAAUAUGAACACCGGUUUCUUCGAUGAUCCAGCUAAGGAAUAUUACAAAUUUCCACAAACUCUUGACAAAGAUGGCUUCAUACAAGGUCAUAGUCACGUAACCAUACAAAAAUUGGACGGCGAAGAUCAAGCACCAGAUCCAAGAGUGUUUGCAUUCUUCAAAGGUUUGAACGAGCGCGCUGUCAAUGAUAUUUUAAGUGUAGUAGUUGGAAGUGAUAAAAAAGAGGGUUUAGAUCCUGGUUAUUAUAGAGCUUGCACAAUGACUUCCUCGUUUGGUCAUCAACCUACAUUGAUGCCUGUCGCUCAACGUGGAGCUCAAGAUGAUUGUGUUAGAUUCACUGUCCAAAAGGAUGCAAACAAAAAACGAUCAAUUAGAUCUGGUAUAAAAAAAGUGAAAAGACGUAAUAAAUAG